AUGAUAAUAACGAGAAAGGUGGCACGGUGGGCGCUCCUCUUGAAGCGAGAGGCGCUCGGCCGAACCUACGGUGCACAAAAGCGGUCCGAACAAACAUCCCGCGGUGCUACAGCAAUGCUGCCUUAUUCCGGCCGGAUAGAUGACAACAUCGACACCGACACCGACACCGUAGCCACCGACCUGCACAGGACCAGCAGCUGCGUCGCGUUGGCGCUGCCGUUGCCGUUCCCGUACUACUACUACUACUACUACUAUUAUUACUACUAUCCUCGUGUUGGGAUCGCCGCCUCGUUGUUAAAGUCAAAUCGCCGUACGCUCAUCGACGACCACGAGGACGACUCGUCAUUACUAUUCGUAAGAAUCGACGAACCGCAAGUGAAACCGACGUGCUUCGACUUAGCAUCGACCGAGCCAAAAGCGAAGGAGCAACAGGACAAAAAGGAAUACGACAAAGUGGCAAACGUGGCGUGUCCGAUAAACGACAAGAGAGUAAUAGUGUUUGCGAGCGAGAACAGUAACAGUGUUAACCGCCAGAACGCGCGAGCACGAUUUUCCGCGUGACCAACAGCCACUCGCUGUUACGCCGUGUCGAUGGUAAUCGCGUUUGUGAUUCAAAUAAUACCCGGCGUGGUAACGGUUACGACCUGAAACGGAACGACCCUCGUGCAUAUAAUUUACACCGAACGCAAUAAUAACACAUUAAAUGUUGUUCUGAUCAUUAAGCUAAAGUUUCAGACUUAUAUAAAAUGGAGAAUUAAACGGAACGAAA